UUAGAAUGUAAAACAGAUAUUCUAGAUUACAAUCAUCAAUUCGAAGAACAUAUUUUAGCUUCUAAACAAAAUAUAGACAAAGAGGCUAAAAUAGAACGCGAAAUGUUGCUUGAUCGUGGUGAUGAUCAUAAUUUAAAAGCAUUUAAAAUGAGAAGGCGUAAUCUAACGUUAGUUGAAUCAUUACGUCGAACGACUCAAUUGAUGCAACAAGAGAUUGAACAAAGUGCUUAUUUAGCAAAAGUACUUGACGAAUCAUCUCGUACGUUAAAGACAACUUUUAAUGAAUACCAAGGAUUUUCUUCAGUA